UGUGUAGUGGAGACUAAUGUAACGCUAUCAGCACUACAACAGCAUCAACACACACACACACACGCCACCCUCCUCUACACUUCCGCAACUGCUGUGAGAUGCCGUCGCCCGGUGUGUUUCUCCGGUCAGAGCCGAAUUAAGGACACAUUAUCGGCCCGCAGGAGCGACCGCGGACACCUGAGACGCUCACGGCAAGUUACUGGCAGAAGAAGAGGAAGAUGGUGGUGGUGUGGUCCAUGUCCAGUGCUACAGAUGUUUGGGAGUGAGAUCUGAAUAGUGGAUUUGACUGGAAAAGCACCUUUUGGAGAGGAUGGCUGCGACCACGCCCACCUCAGCCCCGCCUCCUAAGAAGAGCCGAGGGAAACAGGAAAUGGAAACUCUACAGACGGCCAAUGAAGAGCUGAAGAGCAGAUUGAGCGAUGUACAGAAUGAACUGCAACAGGAAAGAGGCAAGAUGAGCAAAUUACGGGAGCGUUUCCAGGAGUUACGAGCCCAGCGUGAGACUGAGCAGCACAAGCACUCGGUGGCUCUUACCGAACUCCGCGUUAAACUCCAUGAGGAAAAGCAACGUGAGGUGGCGGCCGCACGAGAGAGCCUGUCCCGACAGCAUGAGGCUGAACUGGCCCGGUCUGCACGUGUCCGUGAGACAGAACUGGCCCGGCUGCAGGCGCUGGUGUGCGUUUUACGUGACGGGGCCAGCAGCGAGCUACGAAAUGCCCUGAAAGAGGAGGCGCGAGAGGAGGCCCGCAGGAGCUACGAGGCUGAGAAACUCAGACUUACGCAGGAGCUUCAGGAGGCCAAGACGUCUCGGAGGCAGGCCGAGGAGGCACUGGCCCAUGCUGUACAGGCGGACCGGGCCAAAGCGGCCGAUCUUAGAGUAGCCCAUCAGGCUCAUCAGGAUGAGAUCCAGAGAAUCAAACGUGAGAGCGAGAGAGAAAUACGGAGGCUGAUGGAUGAGUUGAAGAGCAGAGAUCGUGUGGUUCAGUCACUGGAAAAAGAGCUGGGUGUACAGGCGGGUCAAACACAACGCCUCCUGCUGCAGAAAGAGGAAUCGGAGCGCAAUUAUGGCAGUCCAAAGAGGGAGGUGGUGCCGUCUCUCGGGGAAAACUCAGACUCUGUCAUUAAUCAGGAAGUGGAUGAGAGGGAUAUACGCAGGUUUCAGUUGAAAAUCGCUGAGCUGCAGUCAGUCAUCAGGAAACUCGAGGACAGAAACACACUGCUGUCAGAUGAGAGAAAUGAACUGCUGAAACGGGUGCGAGAAGCAGAAGGAGAAAUGAAGCCUCUCUUUGAGAAGAACAAACGGUUGAAUAAGAAGAAUGAAGAGCUGCAGCAAACUUUACAGCGCAUGGAGGACAAACUGAAGACGCUCAGCAGAGAGAACGCAGAACAGAAGGAGAAGUCCCAGCAGAGCUCACAGUCUGGAAGUCUGAAGAGACACACAUCACUAACGGACCUUAGUCAGGCCCACGAGCAACAGGAAGUGGAGUACCUGCGCUUGCAAAUCAGCGAGCAGCGUGGCGUUAUAGACGAGCUCACACAGGAACGGGACAGGCUGAUAAUCAACAAAAAGAACCGUCGAAAAAACAUCAAGCUACCUAAGAGGCAUGUUGUGGAGACAUAUUUUGGAUUUGAUGAAGAAUCUGUGGAUUCGGAAACGUCGUCUCUGACAUCAUAUAACACCGACCGCACAGAUCACACCCCUGCUACACCAGAAGAGGAUCUUGAGGAUGGCUUCUCCCGAGAGGAGGCAGAGCUGCGUUUUCGGCAGCUGACCCGCGAGUACCAGGCCCUUCAGCGAGCGUAUGCCCUUCUGCAGGAGACCACGGGCCCUCUCGACCCCGAGAGACACUGCAGGACGCGGGAGCAGCUGCAGACGGAGCUGAUUGGCUGUCAGGCACGGAUUGCCGACCUGGAGCGGAGCUUGGCAGAGAAGGGGCAGGACUCAAAGUGGGUGGAAGAAAAACAAAAUCUCAUCAGGAUGAACCAGGAGCUCAGAGAAAAGAUAGUAUCACUGGAGCAGUGUGAGAUGCGAUUGCGCUCUGAAGUUCGAGACACUCUGGAUCAGAACGAACUACUUGAAUUCCGCAUUCUAGAACUGGAAGAGAGGGAACGCCGUUCUCCUGCCUUUAACCUGCAAAUCUCUGCCUCUGAAAACAACAGUAGUCUACAGCUACACUGCCAACAAGAGGGUGUUAAGGAUGUCAUCAUUCCUGACCUCAUGAAAAAGCUUGACAUUCUUGGAGAUAAUGGGAACCUGCGAAACGAAGAGCAGGUGACGGUGAUUCAGGCGGGCACUGUGCUGUCUUUAUGUGAAAAGUGGCUGAAGCAGAUCGACAGCACUGAAGCGGCGCUGACACAGAAGAUGAUUGAUCUGGAGAACGAGAAGGAGCUGUUCAGUAAACAGAAAGGCUUCUUGGAAGAGGAACUUGACUACAGAAAGCAAGCAUUGGAUCAUGCCCAACUGAGGGUGCAGGAGCUGGAGGCUACAUUAUAUGCAGCGCUUCAGCAGGACCCAGACAGCUGUGUGGGCGAGAGUUUGAGUGACAGACAGCGGGCAAAGCUGGCAGAGUCGAUGGACGCUGUGCGGAGACAGAUCCUGAGGCAGAGCCGUCAUGCCGACACACUGGUCCUACAACAGCGCAUGGAGCUCCUCCAGUCUGCACAGCAGAGGAUCCGGGAGCUUGAAGAUAAGAUUGACAUGCAGAGAAGACAAAUCAAAGAGAUUGAAGAGAAGUUUUUGUUCCUUUUCUUGUUUUUCUCCCUAGCUUUUAUUCUCUGGCCUUAAGAUCUCCCACAACACAAUACAUUCUCUCUUUCUCUAUGUCUUUCUGUCUCUCUCUCUCACACACACACACACACACACAUACAUGCACAGACA